CAUUUCACAGAAGACAAAAGUGAAACACAGAGGUAACGGGUAAGGUCACCCUGCCAGUGGCGGGCGAAACAUGAACCUAGACAAAUUGACACAACUCCUGCACUUUCUUGCCCAAGAUCACGGCGGUGUGAGGUAGGCAGGAGAAGGGAGGGCGCUGACCUGUCAUAUACUUGUUCCUGGGUGAGCUUCUUGUCGCUCUGCAGUAGGAUGGACACGUAGUGGCGGAUCAUGCCUACGAAAAAACUGAUAACGAUGGGUAGGACCACCCAAAGGCAGAUGUUGGAGUCGAACAACAGUUCUGGCCCUGCCAUCUUCACUGAAAGCUGCCUGCCAGCCGGUGAUGGGCGAGCUUCUCUUCACCGGGGCGCAGUUGCUUCUCUUUGACUUCGCCUCCGGGCCUUCUCAAGCCCCUAUUCCCGGCUAGCCCAGAACUGAGCUGCGGCUGUGAGCCCAGCCUACUGCCUUCAGGGGGGGGGCCUGGCAUUCCACUUCCGGCGCGGAAGUUGACGUCACGUCACGGCGCGCCUCGGUGGCGUCGGGCAUGGCGGGAAAGUCGAAAACGACGGGCGGCAACGGCUUCUCGGAAGUAAUUUAAAUGCACAAGACAUUGGUCAAAAUGGUUUCCAAAAGAAGACUGUCAAAAUCUGAGGAUAAAGAGAGCCUGACCGAAGAUGCCUCCAAAACCAGGAAGCAACCACUUUCCAAAAAGACAAAGAAAUCUCAUAUUGCUAAUGAAGUUGAAGAAAAUGACAGCAUCUUUGUAAAGCUUCUUAAGAUAUCAGGAAUUAUUCUUAAAACGGGAGAGAAUCAGAAUCAACUAGCUGUGGACCAAAUAGCUUUCCAAAAGAAGCUCUUUCAGACCCUGAGGAGACACCCUUCCUAUCCCAAAAUAAUAGAAGAAUUUGUUAGUGGCCUGGAGUCUUACAUUGAGGAUGAAGACAGUUUCAGGAACUGCCUUUUGUCUUGUGAGCGUCUGCAGGAUGAGGAAGCCAGUAUGGGUGCAUCUUAUUCUAAGAGUCUCAUCAAACUGCUUCUGGGGAUUGACAUACUACAGCCUGCCAUUAUCAAAACCUUAUUUGAGAAGUUGCCAGAAUAUUUUUUUGAAAACAAGACCAGUGAUGAAAUCAACAUACCUCGACUCAUUGUUAGUCAACUAAAGUGGCUUGACAGAAUUGUGGAUGGCAAGGACCUCACUGCCAAGAUCAUGCAACUGAUCAGUAUUGCUCCAGAGAAUCUGCAGCAUGACAUCAUCACCAGCCUACCUGAGAUCCUAGGGGAUUCCCAGCACGCUGAUGUGGGGAAAGAACUCAGUGACCUACUGAUAGAGAAUACUUCACUCACUGUCCCAAUCCUGGAUGUCCUUUCGAGCCUCCGACUUGACCCAAACUUCCUAUUGAAGGUUCGCCACUGCCAGCAGGAGGUGGUUGGUGCCUUAGUGACCCAUAUCUGCAGUGGGAAUGAAGCUGAAGUUGAUACCGCGUUAGAUGUCCUCCUAGAGUUGGUAGUGUUAAACCCGUCUGCUAUGAUGAUGAAUGCUGUCUUUGUAAAGGGCAUUUUAGAUUAUCUGGAUAACAUAUCCCCUCAGCAAAUACGAAAAGUCUUCUAUGUUCUCAGCACACUGGCAUUUAGUAAACAGAAUGAAGCCAGCAGCCACAUCCAGGAUGACAUGCACUUGGUGAUAAGAAAGCAGCUCUCUAGCACCGUAUUCAAGUACAAACUCAUUGGGAUUAUUGGUGCUGUCACCAUGGCUGGCAUCAUGGCAGCAGACAGAAGUGAAUCAUGUAGUUUGACCGAAGAGAGAGCCAACCUGAGCAAUGAGCAGUGCACACAGGUGACCUCCUUGUUGCAGUUGGUUCAUUCCUGUAGUGAGCAGUCUCCUCAGGCCUCUGCACUUUACUAUGAUGAAUUUGCCAACCUGAUCCAACAAGAAAAGCUGGAUCCAAAAGCCCUGGAACGUGUUGGGCAUACCAUCUGCAAUGAUUUCCAGGAUGCCUUCGUAGUGGACUCCUGUGUUGUUCCGGAAGGUGACUUUCCAUUUCCUGUGAAAGCGCUGUAUGGACUGGAAGAAUACAACACUCAGGAUGGGAUCGCCAUAAACCUCCUGCCGUUACUGUUUUCUCAGGACUUUGCAAAAGAUGGGGGUCUGGUGACUUCACAGGAAUCAGGCCAAAAAUUGGUGUCUCCACUGUGCCUGGCUCCCUAUUUCCGAUUACUGAGACUUUGUGUGGAGAGACAGCAUAACGGAAACUUGGAGGAGAUUGAUGGUCUACUAGAUUGUCCUGUAUUCCUAACUGACCUGGAGCCUGGAGAGAGGCUGGAGUCCAUGUCUGCUAAAGAGCGUGCAUUCAUGUGUUCUCUCCUAUUUCUUACUCUCAACUGGUUCCGAGAGAUUGUGAAUGCCUUCUGCCAGGAAACGUCACCUGAGAUGAAGGGGAAGGUGCUCACCCGUUUAAAGCACAUUGUAGAACUGCAAAUAAUCCUGGAAAAGUACUUGGCAGUCACCCCAGACUAUAUCCCUCCUCUUGGAAACUUUGACGUGGAAACUUUAGAUAUAACACCUCAUACUGUUACUGCUAUUUCAGCAAAAAUCAGAAAGAAAGGAAAAAUAGAAAGGAAACAAAAAGCAGAUGGUAGCAAGCCAUCCUCCUCUGACACACUUUCAGAAGAGAAAAAUUCAGAAUGUGACCCUACACCAUCUCGUAGAGGCCAGCUGAACAAGGAGUUCACAGGGAAGGAAGAAAAGACAUCAUUGUUACUACGUAAUUACCAUGCUUUUUUCCGAGAGCUGGACAUUGAGGUCUUCUCUAUUCUACAUUGUGGACUUGUGACCAAGUUCAUCUUAGAUACUGAAAUGCACACUGAAGUGACAGAAGUUGUGCAACUUGGGCCCCCUGAGCUACUUUUCUUGCUAGAAGAUCUCUCCCAGAAGCUGGAGAGUAUGCUGAUACCUCCUAUUGCCAGGAGAGUCCCCUUUCUCAAGAACAAAGGAAGCCGGAAUAUUGGAUUCUCACAUCUCCAACAGAGAUCUGCCCAAGAAAUUGUUCAUUGUGUUUUUCAACUGGUGACCCCAAUGUGUAACCACCUGGAGAACAUUCACAACUAUUUUCAGUGUUUAGCUGCUGAGAAUCACGGUGUAGUUGAUGGACCAGGAAUGAAAGUUCAGGAGUACCACAUAAUGUCUUCCUGCUAUCAAAGGCUGCUGCAGAUUUUUCACGGGCUUUUUGCUUGGAGUGGAUUUUCUCAACCUGAAAAUCAGAAUUUACUGUAUUCAGCCCUCCAUGUCCUUAGUAGCCGACUGAAACAGGGAGAACACAGCCAAUCUUUGGAGGAACUGCUCAGCCAGAGCUUCCAUUACUUGCAGAAUUUCCAUCAAAGCAUUCCCAGUUUCCAGUGUGCUCUUUAUCUCAUCAGACUUUUGAUGGUUAUUUUGGAGAAAUCGACAGCUUCUACUCAGAACAAAGAAAAAAUUGCUUCCCUUGCCAGACAAUUCCUCUGUCAGGUGUGGCCAAGUGGGGAUAAAGAGAAAAGCAGCAUCUCUAAUGACCAGCUCCAUGCUUUGCUCUGUAUCUACCUGGAGCACACAGAUAGCAUUCUGAAGGCCAUAGAGGAGAUUGCUGGUGUUGGUGUCCCAGAACUGAUCAACUCUCCUAAAGAUGUGUCUUCCUCCACAUUCCCUACACUGACCAGGCACACUUUUGUUGUUUUCUUCCGUGUGAUGAUGGCUGAACUAGAGAAGACAGUGAAAAAAAUUGAGCCUGGUACAGCAGCAGACUCGCAGCAGAUUCAUGAAGAGAAGCUCCUCUACUGGAACAUGGCUGUUCGAGACUUCAGUAUCCUCAUCAACUUGAUAAAGGUAUUUGACAGUUAUCCUGUUCUGCAUGUAUGUUUGAAGUACGGACGUCUCUUUGUGGAAGCAUUUCUGAAGCAAUGUAUGCCGCUCCUAGACUUCAGUUUUAGAAAACACCGGGAAGAUGUUCUGAGCUUACUGGAAACCUUCCAGUUGGACACAAGGCUGCUUCAUCACCUGUGUGGGCAUUCCAAGAUUCACCAGGACACGAGACUCACACAACAUGUGCCUCUGCUCAAAAAGACCCUGGAACUGUUAGUUUGCAGAGUCAAAGCUAUGCUCACCCUCAACAAUUGUAGAGAGGCUUUCUGGCUGGGCAAUCUAAAAAACCGGGACUUGCAGGGUGAAGAGAUUAAGUCCCAAAAUUCCCAGGAGAGCACAGCAGAUGAGAGUGAGGAUGACAUGUCAUCCCAGACCUCCAAGAGCAAAGCCACUGAGGAUGGUGAAGACGACGAAGUAAGUGCUGGAGAAAAGGAGCAAGACAGUGAUGAGAGUUACGAUGACUCUGAUUAGACCCCAGACAGAUUGUUGCCCGCUUCUGUGUCUCUGCCAGCCUCUGAUCAUUUUGUGUUUAGAGUUUGAAAUCCGCUGUUUACCUUUCUUACUGGAAGGAUCCUUUUUUUGUUCCUCUUUUUUUUUUUUCCUAAGACGGAGUCUCGCUGUGUUGCCCAGGCUGGAGUGCAGUGGUGUAAUCUCGGCUCACUGCAACCUCCACCUCCUAGGUUUAAGCGAUUCUCCUGCCUCAGCCUCCUGAGUAGCUGGGACUACAGGAACAUGCCACCAUGCCCGGCUAAUUUUUGUAUUUUUAGUAGACACAGGGUUUCACCAUGUUGGCCAGAUGGUCUCAAUCUCCUGAACUCAUGAUCCACCUGCCUCAGCCUCCCAAAGUGCUGGGAUUACAGGAAUGAGCCAUGGCCAUCUUUUGUCCUUAAAGUGGGGGCUUUAUUAACUUGUGGACAUCAUGGAUUGUCUAACAUCAUCACAGUCCCUGGCUCAGGAUUCUAAUGUAGCAUUAUUUAUUGGUUUGGAUAAACCCAGCUGUGCUACACUGCAGAGUAAAAUCUCUGAAUCAUGAUUCUGGACUUUGGGAGCUAGUUUUGAAACUCUGAUUUAUUCUAGAACUUAGGCUUGUACCAAUUUUACAAAUAAAUUCUGUUCUAAGUUCUGCCUCA